AUACAAUAAUCUUAUGAAUGUAAAAGAGGGGGAACCAUGUCGGCUUCUGGCCCCAUAAGCAACUACUAUGUAGACUCCUUGAUAAGCCACGAAAACGAAGAGCUCUUGGCCUCCAGGUUCCCCACCACUGCCUCCCACCCGGCUGCUGCCAGACCUUCAGGAUUAGUCCCGGACUGUGCCGACUUUCCUUCGUGCAGUUUCGCCCCCAAGCCGGCCGUUUUUACAACCUCCUGGGCUCCCGUCCAUUCCCAGUCGUCCGUGGGCUACCACCACCCGUACGGCCCCCAGGCUCCCGUGGGGGCCGAGCCCAGGUACAUGCGGACUUGGCUCGAGCCCCUCGCCGGGGCCGUCUCGUUCCCGGCCUUCGCUCCCGGUGCCGCCCGCCCCUACGGCCUCAAACCCGACGCCUUUGCCGGGAGACGCGCGGAGUGCGGCCCCGCGGACGGGCGCGGCUUCGCGGACUACAUGUACGCGGCUCCCGGGGAGCUGAGAGACAGAGCAGCGCAGACAAUUCCUUCCCCGGAGUCCGAAGCCAUCGCUUCCAGCAAACACAAAGAAGAAAAGCACGAAUUAGACCCUAACAAUCCCGUCGCGAAUUGGAUUCAUGCGCGUUCCACGAGGAAGAAAAGAUGUCCGUACACAAAGUAUCAGACCCUGGAACUGGAAAAAGAGUUUUUAUUCAAUAUGUACCUCACACGGGACCGGAGGUACGAAGUAGCCCGAGUCCUAAACCUCACUGAACGCCAAGUCAAAAUCUGGUUUCAGAACAGGCGAAUGAAAAUGAAGAAAAUGAAUAAAGAGAAAACCGAUAAGGAACAGCCAUGAAAAGUCGUGCGAGGAGAAACGAGGGCGGAAAAAGGAAAAAAAAAAGAAAAAAGAAAAAAAAAAGAGGAAAAAAAAAAACCCAACAAAAAGAAGGCAAAAAAAAAAAAAAAAAA